CCGUGCGCCAUCGUUCAGUCGUCAGUUUUUCUUCAGUGGCUCCGCGCGUCCGACAUUUCUGUGGUGCGUCGCUGCUGCUCUUUCUGCUUAGCUCUCCGCAGCAGGAAAGGAAAAUACAUACACAUACACAUCGACGUCCAUACAGUAAAAAUAAAUUCAACUUUAUUGCUUUUCCCCGUCGCGUUAUCGUGUGUGUGUGUGUGUUGUACAUGUGUGUAUAUAUAUAUAUGCCUUGGAAAAGCAACACCAAAAUUUGAUAUGUGCAAAGUUUGACGACUACGUGCUGCCUGUGAUUCUAUUUCGCAUAACUGCUGACGCAAAGAACUAGAAGUGAAAAGAAGGCGGGCUCGUAGUUUCUGACCUUACUGUACCACCACCACACCCCCUAAGUUGCCAUUUGGACCAUCAGCGAGUGAGCGGAGCAAAAAACAGAUUACCAGAGAGGGAGCACAACCAUCGGGACGAGCCACGUCUAGGACGUGGGCCACCCAACCUCCAUUUCCAGCCCCCAGCCCCCCCCAAGGUCCAAACCCGAACAUGGAUGACGAUCAGCAGUUCUGUCUGCGGUGGAACAACCACCAGAGCACACUGAUCAGCGUGUUCGACACGUUGCUGGAGAACGAGACUCUAGUCGAUUGCACGCUAGCCGCCGAGGGCAAGUUUCUCAAGGCCCACAAGGUGGUGUUAUCAGCAUGCAGUCCCUACUUUGCUACCUUACUACAAGAACAGUACGACAAGCAUCCCAUCUUCAUACUCAAGGAUGUCAAGUACCAGGAGCUGCGCGCCAUGAUGGACUACAUGUACCGCGGCGAGGUGAACAUCUCGCAGGACCAGCUGGCCGCUCUGCUCAAGGCCGCAGAGUCGCUGCAGAUCAAGGGUCUGUCGGAUAACCGCACCGGCGGCGGUUCAGCCCCCAAGCCAGAGGCCACGCAGCAGCACCAUCGCGGCAAGCUGGGCGGCGCCUACACACUGGAGCAGACCAAGCGCGCCCGCCUUGGCACCGCCAGUGGGAUGGACGUCUCUGGGGAUGUGUCCGGAUCUCGCGAGGGCUCCUCCAGUCCGUCGCGUCGUCGUCGAAAAGUCAGACGUCGUAGCAUGGAGAAUGAUGUCCACGACAACUCCAACUCGUCCGUGUUGCAAGCCGCCUCGAAUCAGUCAAUCCUCCAGCAGUCAGGCGCCGGUUUGGCCGUCUCCGCUCUGGUCAGCACCCAGCUGGCCAGCGGACCGUCCGCCGGAUCCAGCAGCCAAACCUCGUCGACCCAGCAGCAGCCAUUGACCAGCACCAACGUUACCAAAAAGACUGAAAGCGCUAAACUAACAUCCUCGACAGCCGCACCUGCCACCGGAUCCGCCACAUCGGCGGGCUCCGGGCAACAGGGCCAGGCGCAGAACCCAAGCGAUGCCAUCAACACCGAGAACGUACAAGCCCAGAGCCAAGGCGGCGCCCAAGGCGUCCAAGGCGAUGACGAGGAUAUGGAUUCGGCGAGCGGUGCUGGCGGCGUUGGUGCCGUCAGUGGAUCCGCUCCCGCUUCCGGUGCUGCUGCCGUUCACACUGGCGUGGUCGUCAAGCAGCUGGCCAGCGUCGUGGACAAGUCGUCGAAUCACAAACAGAAGAUCAAAGACAACAGCGUGUCGUCCGUGGGCUCCGAGAUGGUGAUCGAACCCAAGGCCGAGUACGAUGAUGAUGCGCACGACGAGAACGUUGAGGACUUGACUUUGGACGAGGAGGAUAUGACAAUGGAGGAGCUGGACCAGACGGCCGGCACAAGCCAGGGUGGCGAAGGAUCUAGUCAAACAUAUGCAACAUGGCAGCACGACAGAUCUCAGGACGAACUCGGACUCAUGGCACAGGAUGCACAGCAACGGGAUCCCCAAGACUUUGGCCGCCUGUCCCCAGUCCACCGCAGCUACCACCUGCUGGGCAUCAAGACGAGUCCCCACACGAGUCCCAUCGGUACUCCCGGGCCGGGAGUCAUCAAGUUCGAGCCGGGCACCGGCGGCCUGGAGGACCACAACGAGCACGAGCGGAUGGACAGUGGCCGGACCACUCCGACCUACGGCACCGGCCACCUGAUGGUCCCCAAGGCCCAGCCGCGCCACGGGAACGGGGACAACGACGACGACAGCAACGACGAGGACAGCAUGGAGCCCUGCGACCUGCGCAUAGACCUGACCAAGGCUCUGCUGGCCGCGGCCAGCCAAGACGGGGCCGUUGCCCUGGCCCUGGGUCAUCAUCCCCACCACCUUUCCCAAGCCCAACAUCAUCACCAGCAGCAGCAGUCGUCGCAGCACGGGACGCAUCACCCCCCCAGCCGCGCCCGGCCGCAUCUGAUCUUUUCCGGGACCGGAGCCGCCGCUGGCCAGGACCCCACGAGCAGUGCCGCCGCGGUGAUUGCGGCUGCAGCAGCGGCAGCCGGUCUGACAGUCAACAAUACAAGUGCCUCGGUGGUCGGAGCGGCUGGAGGUGCCGGAAGCGUGGUCGUAGGAGGCGCUGCAAGCGGGGCAUCCACCUCGGCGGCAGCGGCGGCUGCAGCAGCAAUGGCAGCAGCAGCAGCACCUACCAGCUGGACUGGCACCGGUGGAGGAGUGUCCAGUGGCGGAGUGGGAGGAAACACCUCCUCCGGCGGUGGCGGCGGCGGCGGCGGCGGAGGAGCCUAUGCCUGCGAUAGAUGCGGCAACACCUAUGCCCGGCCCCACAGCCUCAACCGGCAUGUGCGCUUCGAGUGCGGGGUGGAGCCGAAGUUCGAGUGCCCCAUUUGUCACAAGAAGUCGAAGCACAAACACAAUCUCGUGCUGCACAUGCGCACCCACCAACAUCGAUGAUACAACAAAUGCUGCACCGACGAAGGCCAUCAACAACCGAGACGACGACGGCGACGCCAGGCACUCCAGGAGCAUCCGACCAAUCCGAGCGAGAAGCGGGCUUGAAUGAGGUUUGAGAAUCGGAGUGUAGCGCCAGGUCAGAGUCCCAAGUCCUAAACAAGAAUCCAGAAGAAAUAGCGAGUCAGUUCAGUCCAGUCCAGAGCGUGGUUUUAUGUAAUCUUUUCCAAAUGAUCUUGAAACAUAUAGUCGUUUUUUUAACACCCACAUACAGUUAUCUAUAUAGAAGUAUCAGCCUAAAAGUAAUACUAACGCGUAACUAUUUGUAUAUACAAGCGGGAAAUCUAACAAAUUCAAAUUUAACAUUUAGUUUUUUUUUUUUGGCUCCCUUAAAGUAAAAACUAAAAAACAUUGUUUGGAAAUUGGCAAAGUCAGCGUCAGUCAGAGUCAGGAGGUGGAGGAGGGGCGCGCGAGAGUUGAGGCGCCACCGCAUGUUGCAUGAUAUCUGUGGGUAGAUCCUUAGGCAAACUCAAUGAUCUCAACGAAUUUUUUUCUUGAUUGUGGUGAAAAUGUAUGGGGAAUAUGAUGGGGAAAAGAAAUGCAUUUUAUUGUAGCAGCAGAGCCAACAAACAGCAACAGCAACAAAACAAAAAAAAAAGUAACAUUCACAUAAUUAUAGUGUAAUUUCUAGUGCAGGUCACUCUCGCGCGUUCUUCAAGGAUAAAUAAAAAAAAAAUAAAAGAAUAUGAUAUAAUACAGUCAGGAGUAAGGAGUCAGGAGUGAGGUGUCAGAAGUCAGAAGUCAGCAGUCUAGAGUCAAGAGUCAGAGUUAUAUAAUAUAUGUGUAUAUAGAGCUUAAGUUAAGACCCCAAAUCGGAAUUGGCAGAGCAUGUGCAAUAUGAAACGGGCACCACAGCAAAACAAAUAGAAAGAAAUCAAGCGUCGUUCUUUACCAUUUCACGUUUCUAAUUUCUAAUUUCGUUCGUUUUUUAUGUAAUAUGGUAUAUAUAGAGAUAUUCACAAACUCACACCGUUUGAAAGUGAAGGUUGCUACAAGUUUGCUUAGGAACGCACCCCCAAAGGCCACCGGAAUGCAUGAUAAAGGAUUAUCCAUAUGUUUAACCAAUUAUAGUUAGUAGUUACAACUCAACGAUCUCUGUCUACUCUUUUUUCUAAAAACAAAAACGACAAAAAGCAAAACAAUUUAUUAAUUUAUCUUGUGCUCAUUCCAUGAACGUUUUUUUUUAAAUUUAAAUUAUUUGUUAAUUACGAACCACGAUAUGUGAUAGCGGGAAUUUUAAUUUGACCAAAAAAACCAAGGAGAAUCAAAAUUAGCGUGGCUUUGGGUUCAGGCGCCCCUACACAAGGCAAACAGUUGCGAGGAUAGACCACAACAAAACAAAGGAAAACUAAAUCAGUUAUUAAUUAUUUUUAAAUAACAUUAAUCGUAAACUAAAGUGAGUGCGUGAGGCGGAGAGGUAGGAUGGUAGAGUUUCGGAGGAAUUGGCAAUGUUAACGGGUUGGGGGAACUCGCAUCGAGUCACAGUCAGAAAAAUAAAUUGGUAUGUGAUAUAAAGAAUAUAGUCCUCAUUGUAAUUAAUCGUAAUCCUAAUUGUAUAUUUUUUCUUGUUAAAAAUAAUUUACAACACUUGUCAAAAUUGAAGAAGCAACAUGAAAUGUUACACGAAGAAGAAGUCUAGUUAUGAAACGAUUAUAUAUGGUAUAUAUAUAGGAGAUAUAUAAUAUUGAUGAGCUUUUGUUUAACCCACAUUCAGACACACGAACACACAAAACACGAAUUAACGUUUUGAUAAUUGUUGGUAUACAAAAAAAAAGGAAAAAUGAAAAAAGAGCUUAAAUGUAUAACAAACUUGCUUAGGUACUUCAUAAAAAAAAAAUCAAUUGUUGACAACUAAAAAAAUCAUAAAAAACCACAUAAUGGGGCGCAACAUACCGUUAUUUGUUGUCAGUUUUCAAGUUUGUGCCACACAAAAAAUGUGAUAAAAAAAAUAUUUAAACAACAGGCAACAAAUUGGCACAAAUCCACACAAAAUAUGUACGAAUAAAAAUUGUUUCAAUUUUGCAAAGAAAACAAAAAACAAAAUUCUUAUCGGUCAGUAUUCGAAUUAGGUGAGGAAAUUUUAAAUUUAAAAAAAUUUUAAAUUUGUUGUACAUUUGUAGAGGAAACAAUAACUCGAUUGGCUAACUGCUUUUUGAUCCAUACAUUUUAUAAUAAAGUAUAUUUUAUAAUCGCUUUCUUGCGCUAGUCAGUCUGUAGAAAGUUUGCUUAUCAUUUUGUUAGGCCUUAAAUAUAAAAUAACAAAGUGCACUACACGAAAUUCACAUAUUUGUGUAUCCGUUUUUUUUUAUAUAAUCUGUAAUCUGUAAUCUGUAAUAAUCUAAACGCGAUUUAUUUAACCGUUUUUUUUCUAAGGUUGUGGUUCUUAUUUAUCUAUACAAAUAUUAAUUUUAACUACCUUUCUAAGUGACUAAGUGAAACACAUUUGAUUUUUUGUUACAACAAGAGAAAAAACUAUGCCUAUUUUAUAAUUUAUCAACAGCGCAUGUGAUGGACUCGAAAUGAACCAAAAAUCUAAACGAAAAUUGUUUGAAAAUUCAAGACACGAUACCAGCAAUUUCUUUGGUCCAAAAAUGGCGAAACUUUCGAGUCGUAUAGUUAAAAUUUAAAGGAAAGCAUGUGAUAAAUUUCAAUAUAAUUUGAUUAACAAACAAAUUUACUAACAAAACAAAAAAAAAACAAUUUAGCCCACACCCCCCACAAACACAAAAGAAAACAAUUGAGAAUUUACAUAUAUGGGAAAAAAUAGAUAUAUAUGUGAGUUUGAAUUUGUUUUUUGGCAACCCAAGCUUAAAAUAAAAUAUAAAGAAAUAUUUUUCGAGAAAUUGUACUAACACAGAUGAUAACUCUAUUUCUACUAACAUGUAUCCUUAUUAAUUCUGUUAAAUAAACAAUAUCAAAGAUUUAUAACACACCCCAAAAAACACACAAAAUACACAAAACAUUAAACAAAAAAAAAAGUUGUAAACAAGGAGCUGUGAAUGUAAAAUUAUAUGUAACGAAAAAUAUCUAAUAUAUAGAUACAAACAAGCAUACAAACAUAUAAAGGAAUCGAUGUGAUUAAUUGUGAUUGAAAUGAAAUGAAGCGCAGAUCAGAUCGGAUCGGAUUGAAAAACGAGUAGAUCGGAGCAGAAGUGGGUGGGCAAUAGGUUGGGUUUUGGACGUGAGAAAGGCUUUCUUUUCAAACACAAGCACACACACAACACACAUACACAAACACAAACAAUAAAAAUUAAAAAAAAAAAUAAUAUGUUUUUUAGGGAAAUCUGAUAUUUAUGUUUGAUUUUUGUUUCGUUUUUGUUUCAAUAUUAUUUCCGUUAAAAAUAGCUGCAAGAACUAAUCAUAAUUCAAAUGGGGAAUUAAAUACACACACGCCUACACAAUAAAAACAAAAGUAAAUCCUAGACCUAAGUUAACACAAAAUAAAAAAAAUGAAAAACAUUUAAGAAAGUGAGAUAUGAAUGUUGAUUGCUGUUAACGCACGCUUCACGAAUAGCUAAUUAAAAAUGUUUAAAAAAUGAAUGCAAGCGCCGAAAAAUAA